AUGAUGACUCGAAGGGUUUACGUCGCUGAACCGCAAGUUCAGUACAUCGUCGUGUCAGUUUUCACCUAUGAUGUAGAAUUUCGGAAGUAAAAAAACAAGGUCUCAGAGCCCUUUAUGGCCUGUUCAGUUUUGAAUGUCAAGCGCAAUGGCGUCAUCCAAAAAAUCCUUUCUGGAGCUCUCGUCCUCUGAUUGGUUCCCUAUCAGGGGCGGAGCUCGAGGAAUUACUUGACAUUCGAAAUCUGAACAGACUUUAUAUGGCUUAUUCACGGCUAGCUUGAGCAUUUGAGAAAUAGGUCUUGACACGAUAAAAAAAAAAUAGACAGUACUUUUGGUUGGUGGAUAGGCCACGCCCCCAACGGUCCAAGCUAGCCGUGAAUCGACUAUCGAACGAUUUCAAGUUAAACCUUUUCAUUAAGUUAAAAAUUGAUGAAUUAUGGUUUAAAAAAAAUUCGGAAAAGAAAAGAAGAAAAACAAAAAGAUGAAGAAAAGCCUCCUAUUUAUCAACAAAACUGUCUUUCUUUAUUUUCUUUUUUGAGCGAAGCUUUUCCCUUUAUGAGCUUUGGCCAAUUGACGCUAAAAACAAGGAUUCGAACUUUUCUUAAAGUAAUAAAAUAGACAAAAAAAUACCAAAUAUCGAAAUACAUCAAAAUUUCAAAAAAUGUCGUAGCUGCAUCAAAUUCAAAAGACACAAAUUUCCAAAAAUGAAUCACACUUCUCUGUUCAGUCGUCAACAGCCAGCCAUGACUCCCGAACAACAAUUCGUACUUCAACAACAGGCCCAGGCCCGAGCUGAACAGUCAGUUUCUUUCCGAAAUUUCCAGUCCAAAAAAGGAAUUCAGACAGCGGAGGGAAGAAAUUUGCUGUCUGGGAGGGCUGAUCGCCUGUCUCUGCUGUUGCUUGAUGGCUUCGGCGGGUAACUGA